AUGCCGACGAACAUUCCUUACGGAUUGAACCUCCCAAACAAAAAUACAUCGGCAACGAAACCGGGGAAUGCUCUCGGACAGAAGAGAAAGAAGAAUAUCUUUGAUGAUGAUUCUGGGGAUGAAGAUCAACAAAUUGGCAAUGGCGCAGUUGAAGUUUCGACAAUCGGAGGGCUAGAAGAGCCUGCUAGAAAAACGAAGGCCCCGUCAAUCGCAGGGCCACCGCCGAAACGCAAGAUGCAGUUCGGAAGCGGUCCCAAACUAACCGCUAAACCGCUCAGCAAAAACUCUAUAUUCGCAGAUGAUGAGGACGAAGAUGAGGAAAGGGAGAAAGAGCAACAAGCCGGAGUGAGACUCGGACUGAACCCAACAAAAUCAAAGAAGUCAUCCGCUUCUACCGAAGACUUCACAAACCUCUCGUCAAUACGUAGCAGCAAGAUGCAUGCAAAGCAAGCCGAGGAACUCGACCCGUCAAUCUACUCAUAUGAUGCAGUCUAUGACACCCUGCAUGCCAAACCCGCCAAGGCCUCGGUGGAAACCAAGAGCGACACACCGAAAUACAUGAAAAAUUUGUUGCAGAGUGCAGAACUCCGGAAACGCGACCAGCUGCGCGCUAAAGAUCGCCAGCUUGCCAGAGAGCGUGAAGCCGAAGGCGAUGAGUUUGAAGACAAGGAGAAAUUCGUCACUUCUGCCUACAAGGCGCAACAAGAGGAAUUGCGUAAGGCAGAGGAAGAGGAGGCGCGCCGUGAAAAAGAGGAAGAAGAACGAAGGAAGCGGAGUGGCGGCUCUGGUAUGAUUGGGUUCUACCGAGAUGUCCUUUCGCGAGGAGAGGAGCGACACGAGGAAGUCGUCAAAGCCGCGGAAGAAAAAGCGCGUCGCGUUAAGGCAGGAGAGGUAUCAGAAGAUACUGACAAGAAAGAAGAGGAGGAGAAGACCGAUGGGCAAAAGGCAGCAGAGCUUAAUUCUCAUGGUGCUCGAAUUGUUGUUAAUGAUGAGGGCCAAGUCGUCGACAAGCGCCAGCUAUUGUCUGCAGGACUUAACGUGGCACCGAAACCAAAAGCUCAACCAUCUGGUCCCAAACCAGGAGUUCCACGGCCUUCUGCUGGACGACCAGGUGCCGGUGCUGGCUACCAGGGUGCUCGUGCCGCCCAGCGGGCUCGGCAAACAGACAUGGUCGCAAGCCAAUACGAGGAGCGUGCGCGACAAGAAGAGGAGGCCGAGGCCGCAAGGCAAAAAGAAGUUGCCGAAAAGAGUCGCAGCCGCAAGACCGAGGGAGAGGUGUCCAGCGCCAAAGAGCGGUACCUCGCAAGAAAGAGGGAACGGGAAGAGGCUGCUGCCAAAGAGAAAGCAAAGGGAGCUUAG